AUGGGCUUAUUUACUUAUGCAAGAAGCUUUUCCAGGGCAAUUGUAAGAUUUCCAGUGGCCAAUAAAUUUCAUUACACAAAGCCUCUUAUGAUUAGAUCAAUCGUUCCUACUUGCACAACAAACUUUUUAAUAAGAAGUCCAGGAAUACAUACUGCUAUUGCUUCAGCUGAAUUGGCUGGGAGCCUCUGCUCUCUUGAAGAUGAAGAUGAGUCAGUAAUCCAAGCUGAGAUCACGGUUACUAGAGUUCGGUAA